UUUCUCUUGUUUCUUGUGGAGCAUGCAGAAGCCCCAUUGCCUCGCAAAAUACCAGAGUGGUCAGGGUCCUCAGGCCACAAGCUAGGAGGAGACUUCGUUGGCGUUCGCAGUGCUGGCCCCACGGACAAAGACCUGCUGGGAAAGAGACGGAGAGACGAGCCAUCAUCAUAGUCUUGUAGUGGGGGAGUUCGUCCAGACUUGGAGCGAUAUCAGAACCAUUCCUUCAAUGAAGUGAUCAUGUUUUGGAGUGCUCUUUGCCUUUGAAGAGCCUCGAGUUGACAAUCCCGGAGAACCCCCGCCUGGUCCGAGUCCACAUGUGUGUGGCCAUCAACAGCAUCAUCAGCAUCAGCAUCUUCAUGACUAGCAUCUGUAUUUGAGUUUUUCCUCCAAGAUUUGUGUCGCUGAGUGUUGUAAUUUUCGGCGCCAAUUUUCCAUGUUCUUGUUUGCUCUCAGAGAUAGGGACCUGACUUGACGAGAACGAGAGUGCUACAGUCACAACAGAUUGUUUUCAAAUACCCUGCCUAACAGUUUCGUCGACAAAGUGCUAAUUCAGACAUUUGUUCCGUGCUCAAGACACAUUUCUCAACCCGCUUCACGCCCUAUUGAAGUAAUCAUCGCGGCGUGAAACUCCCCAGGUGAGAGGACCCGUCGUUCGCCAUGGAUAUGUUAGGAGCGGGGGCUGUAAGUGCGGCUGCCAGUCUCAUGCAUGCGGGCUUAGGCCCCGCUUCCACGUCUGGUUUGUCAGAUCUCAGUGGUUUGGAGGGACUCGUGAACCACCAUCACCACCAUCACCACACUCCACAACACAACGGGGGCGGAGCAGUUGGGGCCAGUGAUCACGGUCACCAUUACGGGGGUGUCUCAUCGCACCCCGUUCCACCUCAUCCGAGCUCAUUCCAUCAUGGUUUUCACACUCAUCACCAUCCCAAUCAGCCAUUACCUCCCCAUAGGCCUUUCACGCCGCCUGGGAUCUCGUCGACUAGUCUGCAUCCAAGCCAUAUUCACAAUUCCUCAAGCAAUAACAUUGAGAACUCACACAACAACUCGUCGUCGGCCACCACGAGUUACUCGCCCAACAAUACCAAUCUUCCCACCUCAACUGUUAAAAUCAAAGAUGACCCAGGAUUUCAAGAUCCGGCAAGCCCCGCCAAUCCCGAUAGUCAGCUGGAUGACUCGAAAGAUGGCUCUGGCAAGAAAGAUAAGCGACAGAAACGUCAACGAACUCAUUUCACGUCUCAACAACUCCAAGAGCUGGAGGCACUCUUCACGCGAAAUCGAUAUCCGGACAUGAGCACCAGAGAAGAGAUCUCCUUAUGGACGAACAUUGCUGAGCCUCGAGUUCGGGUGUGGUUCAAGAACCGUCGAGCCAAAUGGAGAAAAAGGGAGCGUCAUUUAAUCAAUGCGGCCGGGGACUUCAGCAAGGCCGCGGUGGUGGCCGCUUCCGCCGGAAGUUUCGGCACGCAAUUCAACUCAUUAAUGCCCCAAUCGCCGUUCGACGACUCCCUCUACACGGGUUGCUACUCCACGUACAACAACUGGGCCGCGAAGGCGUCGCCCACGCUUGCCAAAGGCUUCACAUGGGGUCUCUCGGCCAUGGGCCACCAUAACCAGGGAUUCAAUAGUAUGAUGCCCGCCCCAACCACGACAGCGGGAACGGCCCUGUCUAUUGGGCAUAACUCCACCCCGUCGAGUGCCAAUGCUUCCUCGACUACCCCGCCUUAUCCGUAUGGGUCGUCCAGCGGAUACUCUAUGUACAACAUGGCGGCGGCGGCCAAUUCCAUGUCCUCUUCGAUUGCCUCCUUGCGACUCAAGGCCAAACAAGUGGGGGUCAACGGGUUUGGCGGGACGUUUUCGGAUCUCUCAUCUGCGGAGAACAAGGAUGGGCAGGAAGGCCUGGGGGAGUCCAUGAUGUCUUGCCAUUAUGACGUGGGGAAUGUUAAUCCAAAUGAGAGUCAGAACGACGAGAGCAGCAAUGCCAAGACUGGACUAGUGCAGUGAGUGGACGCCCAGCCCAGUCCAGCCCAAUAGACCAUGUCAUGUUUUAGACAUAUAAUUAUGAUCAAAGGAGAGAAGUCGUCUUAUAAGUAUUCCCAUUAGCUUGACUGUCUUGGCGGCGAUGGUUGUUUAUGAAGUUAUUCCGAUCUCUUUGUAACUACGGUAUUAACACACUAGUAAUUUUUAUCAUCCCAAUUGCUAUGUUCUGUUUUGAGGAAAAUAAAGUUACCUAUUUCAACUUAUGUCGAAAUAGAUGGCUUCA